ACAAUUUUCUCUACUUGCAAAAAUAAUACCUUCAUUGUUCGAGCGCUUUGACCCGACCAGCAUCAUCUAGAUACCAGCACACCAUCGAAACACCACGCGAGAAUGAGCGACAACCACAAAAAUAACAUUGACAACAACGACAGCGGCAGCGGACGAGAUCUGUUUUCCGAUCUCAGCGAAAUAUUGACAUGGCGCUAGCACCCGCACUCUUCCCUGGCAGAAUGGACCCAGUUCACCAGCAGGAUGUGCUCUGGGAGCCGCCAUACGCGCGACUCCUCAGGAGGCUGGGCCUUUUUGAUCCGCUCGAGCUACCUCCAAAAGGGGCCUCCACCUUUCCAGUCGCCGCGUACUCGGCCAGGGCUUCUCAACAAAUGCCACAGCAGCAAGAUGACAAAUAUCAGCUGGGCUACCCGAGAGACGACGCGGAACGGCCAUCUAAUUGGCACUAUCGGCGAGGUCUUUGGAGACACAACGCGCUGGGCGGUGGGAAAUCUGUUUGGCCAUUGAGAGACGCAAUGGACCGCAUCGAGAGAAAAGUGCACGAUAGCAAUUGCCGCUACUAUCACGUCAGCACGUACACCAUGCCCGACGGGUCGGUCGAGACACGCAAGGUGGUCCGAAACAAGGACGGAUCGGAGACAACCACCGUCACCAGACACGGCAGAGACUCGACGGCCAGCGACCAAGUCACUGCGACGACCACACCCGCGCUCACGCCCGGAGAUUUAUCCAGCGCCAAGUGAAAAAUACAGAAAUUAUUUCUUUAGGUUAAAACAAAACGUUUUUCUAAAUAAAAAAUAU